AUGGCUUCCGAUCCGCCAAAGCCCCAGCCACAGGAGCUUUUCGUCAGAGCCGAUGAGGUAGAUGCGGGCACGUCGAUUCUCUCUUCCAGCACAGAACUGCCGCUGAGUGCGCUGACUCCUUCCGAUGCUGCCCCUGCGGGAUCACGACCAAAGGCGCCGCCGCGGCCAAUCUUAAGGCGCGAAGGUUCGGCACCACCGCCUCCUCCGCCAUCUCAGCCACCUCCUGCUCCUCCACCGCAGACUGAUCCUACAGAUUCUCUGAGUCUGCCGCAAUUAAGGCAGCUAGUGUCACAGUUCCCGAAGACCGAGCAACGAGCCUAUGCGUUCCAGUAUCGGGAUACCGAUAGUUUUGAGUCCGAAAUUGACGAGUGGUUUCACUACACUGAACUCGAGCAAGACCGUGACUACCUUCUCGUGUCCCUUGAAGCCUUCGAGCAGAAAUGGAGAGACUUCUGCCAGGAUCAAGAUAUCCCCGAAGACACGACCUGGAUCACGGUGAGCCAGGAUCAACGACUUCACUUUCUCGCCAGUCUGGUGCACGAUCUGCAAGACUCGGAUUAUGCUACUCGUGUGACAGCGCUCGCUUGUGUCUACUACAUUCUAACCGGAGCAUGGAGUACCACAUGCGAUUUUGAAACCAAACAGGCGCCGAACGAAAAUGAAUCUGGCUCUCAGUCGGAAGAUGCCUGCACCAAUGCCGCCCAGAUUCAAUGGAUGCACAAAGGGGCAGACAUGAUUCAACAGAGCUCCAUCAUACCACAGCUGUAUACCUGUUUGAUUCAAGCGGCCAAGGCUGAUUCAACCAAUCCUGCGCCAAUAGAAGAAGGUGGAGAAGCCAAUGAUGGAGCGUUUGGUGAAAAUGAAUAUCAAGAAGUCAGCCUAUGUCUUUCGUCCUUCUACCUCUUGGUGGAGUCUUCCAGAGUCAGGAGCGACACAAAGCCUGGACAAGACAUACGUCGGAGUAUCGCCUCUCUGCAGCCUAAUUUCCUCGUUUUCCUUGCCAGGAUGAUUUCACGGUUACGAUGGGAUGAUUCCUACAAUAUACCCCUCAUGCAUGCCUUGCAACUGUUUUGGAAGUCGAUUCUUUUGGUUUUUGGAGACGUGACAGAACAUCUGGAAACGAUCAAAAGUAUUUUGCAGCCACGAGAUGACCCUUUCUCGGCCGAUGCAGCCCAUCCAGUACUUACAGCAUCGCCUUUGGACUAUCACAUGUUUCGACAAGAGAUCACAUCGAAAUAUCCCGCCUACAAUCCGCCAUUGCCGCUCAUACCCCUGGAGACCGAUCAGAAGACCAUGUUGCCUCCACUGCCACAGCGAUCAUCCAGACCUGACACCAUUCCUGGGGUCUCGAGCCCGGGAACGGGUGGUGGAGGGACUCAUGGAUCCAUUUUUCACCAACCUGUUCACAUCGCUACGCCGGCUCCCUCGCCUCCACCAUCCCCUAUUGGUCCCGGCGGUAAGGCUGCCAAAAAGCAAAACUAUCAGACCAACCAGAAUUUCCCGUUCCUAUAUCCGCCUCUAGAUGAUUCGAGCAACGUGAUUGGCGGGAAGGGGUCAACCGAGUUCCAAGAUUCGAUGGUAGGGAAGAAGUGGGGAGGCAGCGACGUUCCUCGCUCCAUCAUCGAGGCAGGAGAACUCUUCGCCAGUCGAAUGAGGAUGACACGCGCAAUGCGCCAGCUCUGGCGGGAGCGAGACCUGUUCAUGAAGUAUGAGAGAGGCUGGACGGGUGCUAUGACAACUAUUGGGGAGAAGGAUGGAGAUGGCGACCCGCUGACGGAAGACGAGAAAGGAAUCGACAGCUUGGACGAUCCACAACUCCGGGAUCGCAUGCAUGCAGUCGAAGAAUUCUUUCGGGAUGCGCUGCCGGACCUGCAAUCUCUGGUGAUUGUGAUGAUGAAAGUUAUGCUCACAAACGUUCAAGACAUUGCCCUCCGCAAUGGUGGUUUCCAGGACCCGGCGCAGCAAGGUGGUCUUAAUCGCACCAAAUCGAAUCCUAACAUGAAUCAGAAUCAAACACUGCCCAUGCCACCUCCGCCACUCCGUCCCGACGAAAUGACACUCGAGGACCUGGAUAAUGUCCGGUCCCGCGAGAUCAGCCAGAAGGCAGUGUCUGGGGCCAUUUUCUUGAUGUUGAAAUGGUUCAAGCUGUCUCACGUCUUGAAGUUUGAGUACCUCACUCAACUACUCUUGGAUUCAAACUACGUUCAACUCACUCUGAAGUACUUUGCACAUCAGAACUUGGAGGAUCUGGUGGCUUUCAAGUACGAUCGUGACGAUUUGAGUUUCUGGCAUUAUUGUCACGUCCACUCCGACCAUCCACCGCUUUCACCCACCAGUCCGGACGAGAGAUCAGAGACUUCAAGUGUCGACGAAGCCAUGCCACCACCUAUUUCACGCCAUCGAAGAUCUCCCACCUCCAGAUCUGACGUUCAACAAGGUUCGGAUCAGCCUCCUGCCGAGCAACAGAUGUCUGACGGGCAACGUCCUUCGGUCGAUGAGCUCGGUAAUCCUCUAUGCCCUCUUCCAACCACUCCUAUCACGACCUACUCAUUCCGCCAAUUUCACACGGCGAUCCAUCUCCUCAAGGUCCUGCAGAAAGUCACCCGGGGCAAGUCCCAUCGCAUCUUGUUUCUCGUGCAGUUCAAAUCAUCUCAGAUUCUUCGGCGUAUCCUCCGUGUUCCAGACCAAACGUUGCGCCUAUAUGUGUUGAAGCUCUUCAAAUCUCAAGUCCCCUACUGUGGUCGGAAAUGGAGACAGAGCAACAUGCGGGUGAUUACGGCGAUAUACCUCCACUGCCGACCGGAGCUGAGGGACGAGUGGCUGGCUGGCAUGCACGACGCUAAUGUCGAAGGUGAAGUUGACGAGGCUGUCCCCUUGGAGUGGGCUCUGAGAGGUUUGACAUUCUGGUGGCAGAAACGCAUGUAUCCUGGAGUUAUGAGGCGAGGAAGACGAAGCGGCAAGGCCAAGGGCAGGAAAAGCCAGAGACCGUCGAAGCCACUGGAAGCAUCUUCGACCACUGUAACAUCCGGCGAUGGACAAGGGUUGGAUUCUGACGCCGACCUCGACAAGCUUCUCGAAACCGACCUCGCCGAAACAGACCUUGACGAGUUGGAUGCUGAUGAUGAGGACGAGGAGGAAGGAGGUCAAGAAAUUGACGACGACGAGCGUGACUUCUUCCAGCGCGAGCUUGACGCCAUAGGCUGGGGCCUGGCCGGACUGCGACUGGCUGAAGGGUCAGAGGAGGUGGCAUUUGGCGAGGAGGCUGCCUUGGGCGUUAAUGGUGCCGGAGGAUACGGUGCCGAAGGAUAUCCUGUGGCCAAUGGAGUUGCGGGAGGGAGUGAGUAUGGUGGAGUUGCCGCAUCAGGGUCGGCCGCGCCAUUGACUCCCGUAGCGCAGAUGCAGUCGUACUCACAACCCCAAUGGGUGACGGCGGACGCCGCAUCGCUCGAGAACUGGCAAAACAGUUAG